AUGGAUCUAGCUGAGAACACAACGACGGGAUCGCUGCUUACAGAGACCCGAAACUCCCAUUUUUCUCCUCCUUCCCCUACUCUCCUACCCGAAACUAUUGAUCAACCCCUAACUCCUUCAAAAUGCAUCCCUCCCCGGCAAGCCUCUUGCCCUCUCCUCUUCCUCUUCUCAUUCGCCGCGAUCCUUCUCUUCUCCUAUCACUACCACUCCUCCAUCCAAUUACCCCAAUCCGAAAGCCCUAAUCACUUCACCUUCAAUCCACGGAACACUAAUAUUCUACAUCAUAACUUCUCUUUCACAGUCAAAGUUCUCACCUUUAACCGCAUUGAGUCCCUCCGCCGCUGCCUCCGUUCCCUCGCCGCCGCAGACUACGCCGGCGAUCGCGUUAAUCUUCACAUCCUUGUUGACCAUUUUUCCGCCGUCAACGGCUCUGAUGCGCUGAUGGAUGGAAAACUGGAGGAAUCGCGCAGGAUUCUAGAUCUUGUUGACGAGCUAGGAUGGGUCCAUGGGGAGAAGCUCGUUCAUUACAGGACGGGGAAUGUUGGAUUACAGGCGCAGUGGUUGGAGGCAUGGUGGCCUAUCUCCGAUGAUGAUUUUGCCUUCAUUGUGGAAGACGAUCUGGAGGUGUCGUUGCUCUACUACAAGUAUCUCAAGGCUCUGAUUCUUAACUAUUACUAUGACUUGUCUAACUACAGCCCAUUCAUCUAUGGGGCCUCCUUGCAGAGGCCCAGGUUUGUUGCAGGUAAACAUGGAAACAAGUUACAGGUGGAUAGCGAAACACGUCUUUUUCUCUACCAGAUGGUGGGUACAUGGGGCCAGCUUCUCUUUCCAAAACCAUGGAAAGAGUUUCGGUUGUGGUACGAUGAACACAAAGUGAAGGGUGCAAAACCAAUUUUGCAAGGCAUGGUGACAACAGGGUGGUACAAAAGAAUGGGAGAGAGGAUAUGGACUCCAUGGUUUAUCAAAUUUAUCCAUGCUAAGGGUUACUACAAUAUCUAUACAAACUUUCUGAAUGAAAGGGCCCUCACUAUCUCCCACAGAGAUGCAGGUGUAAAUUAUGGCAAAACAGCAGGUCCUGAUUCAAAUUUGUUGCAUGAACAACCCCUUGAUUUUAACAUUUGGGAAAUGCAAUCUCUGAAAAAAUUGAAAUGGUAUGAUUUUUGCUUUAGAGAAGUUGUGCCAUGGCGAUUUAUUAGGAGCUAUGAUGAACUUGGAUCUGUUCUUUACUCCAUGCAGAAACAAAAACCUGUUGUAAUUGUGAGCUUGUACAGAACCCCAGAGAAGAUGGCUAAAAAUCUGCGCUGUCAUCUCAAGAAGAUUAAUAUGAGAAAUGUAAUCUUCAUCGGUGGUCCGUUCGAACUCAUCAGUGAUCUCGCCCGAAACGGAUAUCCAGUCAUUGAUUUCGAGAAGUUAAUAAACACAGGAAGUUACGAAUUAGUUCGUUCCGAACCAUCCCGAACGGAUAAAAUGAAAGAGAUACUUGCCAAAUCCAUUAUUGUUAAAAGAUGUCUCGAAUUAGGGCAUGAAACGUGGGUGAUUGACGGGAACAUUCUUCCUCUGAGGGACAUUUUCUUUGAGCUUCCUAAUCCCGCCUGUAGUUUUCUCUUUGCGAAGAAUUUGGAAAUGGUAUUUGUGAAGAAAUCUCGAGUAUCGUCGAAGAUUUGGGAUGAUGAUUUUAUCUCUAAACUUGUGUCACAUGCUGGAUCGGUAGAAGGAGGUGAUUUGGCUUCUACAAAUUACAAACAUUUCGCAUAUUUUGCUAGAAAGGUCCUUGAAGAUUCUGGUAUUGUUGAUGUGUGUUUGUUUGAUGAGUUGAAAUUUGGUGUUGAAGCGGGUGCUGAUGGGUUGAACAAAACAAUCCAAAAUGGAACCAAAAUGGUAUUUUGGUCUGGGAAUGUGGAUCUGAAUUCCGCGCAGAGAUGGCUUGAUUAUAUGGAAAUGUGGCUGAUAGAUGAAGACCUAUCUUGUGUUUCUGUUCUGUGCCACCAACAAUAACAUCAAACUGAGAAUUACUGUUCUUAAAAGUAAAUGAAGAUUUACCCACUUACCACUUAUUUCUUAUGUAUUUAGCUAUCUAACACCCAACUUCAAGAAAAUGCGCAUUUCACCCUUUAAAAGUAGUGGUAUUGAUGAGUUAUGAAAGAUUUGGGCGGUAUAAAAGUAAAAAAUUAAGUUUAAGUGUUAGAUAUGUAAAUACAUAAGAAUCAGGCAGUGUGCGUGUAAAUGCCAGAAAAGCAAAUUCCUUCUCAUUGAUGCUGGUUCUGUAGCUGUAUUUUGAUAUGUUUCAGCAGUCUUCAUUCUUCAGGAUCGGCUGCAAACACUAUACUUUGAAGAGUGGCAGUAAAGUGCAAUUUUCCUAUAAUUAAAGGAAGAGUUUGAUACGGAGGCUUCUGUUAAGGUACAUAAUGGAAUAUGAAGAUCCUAGUUGUACUCUUUCAGGGAAGAUGAAUAGAGUGAAGUCGAUGAUGGUGUUGACGUUAGUGUGCCUAACAGUUUGCGUCCAAGAUAAAGACCGAAGUAAAAAAAAGAAUAAAUAAGAGUUUCUUAGAGAAGACCGGGCAGAGAUAAAAAAGGAUUCACAAGUGUGGACGUUGCAGCAUCUCUGGUCACCAAAACACUACAUAUAAAAAUCCACUCAAUCAGUCGGGCUUGCAUUUCUCGCAAGAAAAUCUUUGAUCUUUAUGUUUGUGAGAGUUAUAUGGAAAAGAUUUUGUUUUUUUGUAGUUAUUCCUAUUUUUUUUGUAAUUCUUCAAU